AUGCUAGGUCGCCUUCGCCUGACACCGGGAUCGACGUCGUUUGCGAGAGCACUCGGAAUUCUUGUUCUAGCCGUGUUGGUGUUGAGAAGUUUGGGGCCAGUUGUGGAUUCUGCGGCGUUCCGGAUAUCGUCAGCACCUUCUGCGCUCCGGAUUCCGGCGCAAAAAUUGCCACCACCUUCAGCUACAGAGGUGAAUUCCUGCGAAUGCCCCAGUAAAAGCCAUUUGGCGUCGUGUUCGUUGAAGCGUGCCAGCAUGUCGGAGCAGUUGAAGGACGACGCGGGCGCCGGCCUGACCCCAGUAUACCUGAAGGUGUACGACCUUUCCCGUGGCAUGGCGUCCAUGAUAUCGAUGCCCCUGCUGGGAUUCCAGAUGGACGGACUGUGGCACACCAGCAUCGCCGUAUUCGGCAACGAGUACUUGUUCGGCCAGGGCAUAUCCUAUUGCGAGGAGGCGCGCUGCGAAGAGGCGACCAAUCUGCCGUUGACUCGCAAGAUUUUGCUUGGUGAGACCAGCGUCACCAAAGAGCUGUUCCACGAAUACAUCGACAGCUUGCAAGUCACCUUCUCCCCGGAAUCCUACCACCUGUUGCGCUGGAACUGCAACCACUUCACAAACACCGCGGCGGAAUUCCUCACCGGGAACGGCAUCCCCGACGAGUACGUGAAGAUGAUCGAUCGCAUUGAGCAAAGCCCGAGCGGAAAAAUUGUGCUCGGCCUUAUAGAGAAAUCCUUCAAUCGUGAUCCCAGCUCCUUCUCUGUUCCCACGGGUCGCUAA